GGCCCUUUACACGCACGGUCUCUCCCUAGCGAUGAUUAUGGAGAUGUUGGGAAGUUGACUCUGCUCCCUCGCCUUAUUUUUUUCGAAUUUUCAACUGAAUGGAUGAAUGGAUUACAAAGUCUAUCCCGGAAGGUCCCGAACAAUGUACGGGGGGGAGGUGCAGAAGACGUUCAAGAUAUUUUGUGGAAAUCUGGCAGGAGCGACGACGAAGGAAGACCUGCACUACCUCUUUUCUCAAUAUGGGCCUGUCAUUGAGGCAGUUGUGGUGACCAGCAAGGACUUCGGAUUUGUGCAUAUGGCAUAUGAAGAGGAUGGAUGGAAAGCAAUAUGUGAACUGCGUGGUUACUAUCUUCAUGGCAGAGCCAUGGCAGUGGAAGCCUCAAUCAAUACCAAGAAAGCAGCUCCACUGCACAAACAGAAUAUUAUAGGCAAAGGAAUGAGCUCUUUAGAUGAUUUUAAUGAAUUCACCGUGUCCAAACCUCGAGGCCAGGAACACCGUGAUGCUCACUCCGAGAGCUACCCCCCGUUUCGAAAAACAGAAUCUUCUACCACCCACUCUGCUCCCCCAGGCUUGUUCUCGUAUCCCCCACCGGCACCUAGCUCCUCUUCUUCCUCCACCUCUUCUGCUUCCACCUCCACCACUGCCUCCUCUUCCUCUUCUGUGAACCAGCCCUCUCCCUUGGGGUCAGCCUCUUCCUCGCGCUCACAGGUUUCACCCAUGUCCGAUCUCUCCUCGGGGAAGACGCUCAAUGCCAUCAAGGAGAGAGAACCACCCACCAAAGUCCAGCCUGUAGAUGCCAACUCCAACCCAAUUCAUGAAGCCAAUAACGAAGUGGCUGAGCGUCAUUUACAGAAAAAGUCUGCCCUGUGCGAGACCUGUGGCUCCGUGUUCGAUGAGUGGCAGCACAAACCCAAGAUUCUCAGCUGUGGUCAUACGUUUUGCCUCGACUGUCUCAUCUGCCUGGCACGGGACACAGAAGUCAAGUGUCCUGCUGGUUGUUCUUACACGACUGCUCUCACCGAGGCUGGUAUUUCGGGGCUAACUACAAAUUACACUGUGCCGAUUAAAAAAUAUCCCGGAACGAACAUCCCUUCCCCAUUGCCUGUUAUGCCACCAGGGUAUGGCCACCAGAAUGGAGCACAAAGCAGGGCAGGCAGCAGCCCCAUACCAAUGGUGUGUUGUACCUGUCCUAAAAUUCCGGCCAUGGACAUGUGCAGCAACCAGGGCCAUCAGUUGAUUCCUGAGGACCAGGCGCGUGAUAUCCUACGAGGCCAGCUGCAAAGCAACCUGGAGGUGGCCCUCAAGCAACUGCGACACACAAUGGCCAUGAGAGCAGCCAUGAAGGAACGGCUUGAGCGAACGGUGCUCAGCGUGGAGAAGUUUGUGGAAGAACUCAGGGGAAAGGUUGAAGGGGAGGAGCUUGAGGAAGCAGUAUUACAGGAGCACCUCACCAACCUGACUGUGAUCAGUGAGACACUGUCCGAAAAUAAUUCAAUCGCGCAUUUAAUUGAUUCCCUCCAAAUAGUUCAUUCUUAUACUUCAAUAAUCACCAAUCAGUUCAGUCAGUGUGCUGCUGUUACAGCAAUCAACCAUGCAACCGAAGCAAUCGUCAUAAAACUGAAGCAGUCUGCUCUGGAUUCUUUGCUAUCCACCAUAGGCUUUAGAAAUGAAGAACCCUUUGUCAUGACCUCCUCCCUGGAAGAGCACGCUAUGUAUGGGAAUAAUGCAAACGUGCUGCUACUCUAUAUGCUGUCUGACCUUCUGUCCUCUCGAAUGCUACAGCUGAGUUCUGUUAGUCCCAUGAGCCCCCUUAGCCCUAAUCACCCACCCCCUCUAACUUCUUCCAACUCAAUGCAGUCCCCCUUGGCCACAGCUGUCACCUCCGCCCCAAUCCUCCAAGACAGCCUAGGCCUAACUCACUCUAAAGUUGGAGAAAUGAAGACUCAUGAAAUGGGCGGCAUGAAUAUCGAGCACAUAUUGCAGAUGACGGAGGCCAUUGAGACAGGAUCACUCUUAAAUACAACAGAUGGAAUGACACCAAUGUCUGUAGGUGCCUCUGCUGUGGGUUCCAAUGCAGUACCUUCUGCUCUUUCUUUGGGGCUAUCCAAUCUCUCCCUCUUGGUGUCAGAAAGCACGGAAAAUGGGAAGGAUGAUGUAGAAUCUUUAACAGACAAAAAGGAGGUCUCAUCAUCUUAUGUUGAUGCUGCCAAAAAGCCAGCCAAGCCCACCCCUCCACCUGAGAAUUCGUCGAAGCUAACCAUUGCCAAUGCUCUCCCCCCCAUAACAAAGCCAAGUAAAUUCCCGCACUGCUGGAUGGUGCUGUCAAUCAAUGGGGUGACAGCUGGACGCAUUAUCUUCGAGUUGCGGCCUGAUAAGGCCCCAAGAAUGUGUGACAAUUUCAUUGCACUUUGCACAGGCAAGAAUGGCUAUGGCUACAAGGGUACACACUUCUUCAGGAGUGGUGAAGGAUUCCUUGCAGGUGGGGAUGUGGAGAAUGAUGAUGGCAGUGGUGGGUACUCAGCCUUUGACAAGAAAACCUUUGAGGCUGACCUGUGCCCCCUCAAGGACGAGGUGGGCAUGGUGCGCUUUAAGGGCAUUGGCACCACAGAUGCUGGCCGUGGCAUGAUUGGCUCACAGUUCAUGAUCUGGUGCGGUGAGCGUGAGUUCAAGAAAUUUGCAUACAGUCUUGUCUUUGGCAAGGUGGUGGAUGGCCUGGAUGUGGCCAAGAAAGCCGCUGCCAUCAAUGUCCACCGUGUGUCGGUUAAGGUGGAGGAUUGCGGUGCAAGAGUCUAAAUGCUUUCUGUUCCCUGUGUUUUCCGUCAGUGGUAAUUGGUUUGUCUUGUUCACUAUUCAGCCCAAGAAAAAAAAUAUUUAGGGGAAAUACAGGUCCAAAAGACACAAAACUUAGAGUUUCCUCCAAAUGUGCCUUACGAUGUGCCUUUUUAUUUUUGUGGCAUUACAUGUUUCCAAUUUCCCUUUUCCAAAUACAAAAUGAGUAUAGACGAUUUCAAAGGAGGAAUAAUUGCCAGUAAUUGGAAAACAUGUUCACUUGUUACAGAUAUAACAGGUGCAUUCGGAAGGUAGAUAUAUUUUACAAAUUCUGUAGAACCAAUGAAAAAAGGGAGGAAAAAAUUAUUUUUAUUUUUUCAAAUCAAAAUGAAUAGGUAAAGCCAAAAUAUUUGAAGAGUAUACUAAAAUUACACUAAGCAGUACUUUUACGAUGAUUUUAUAUUGUUAUUAGUAGUGGCAGUAGCAACAUUGAUAUACUAUGUUAAUAUCAUUACUAUUGAUAGUAAUGAUAUCAUCAAAAUUAGUAAUGUUAUUAUCAUCAUUAUUAUCAUUAAAAUUUUUGUUAUUGAAAUAGCUCCUACCACUUAUUCUAUGAUACUUGUCACUUAUAGUAUUAUUAUUAUUAUUAUUAUGAUUGUUAUCAUGAAUGUUGUAAUAUUAUUAUUAUUACUAUUAUUAUUAUUAUUAUUAUUAUUGUUAUUGUUAUUGGUAUUAUUAUCAUUAUCAUUACUAUUAUUAUUGUUGUUAUAAUUUUUAUUUUUAUUAUUAUUACUGUUCUUGUUCUUGUUCAUAUUAUUAUUAUUGUUAUUAUUAUUAUUAUUAUUAUUAUUAUUAUUAUUAUUAUUAUUAUCAUCAUCGUCAUUAUCAUUAUAAUCAUUAAUACCACUACUAUUAUUAUUAUUAUCAUUAUUAUUAUUAUUAUUAUUAUUAUUAUUAAUAAUACUGUUAUCAUUAUUGUAAUUAUUGCUGUUAUUAUCAUCAUCCUUACUGUAAUUAUGGUUAUUAUUAUUAUUAUUAUUGUUAUUGUUAUUUUUAGUACUAUCAUUAUUGUUAUUAUCAUUGGGAUUAUCAUCAUAUCUAAUGAUUAUUGAUAAUUAUAUUUUCAUUAUUAUCAGUCUCAGUGUUCAAAGCAGUUACUAUUUUCAUUUUUAAGGAUCAUUAUUUGAUUAUUUUUUAUUGUCAUAAUCAUCAUUAUUAUUAAGACUUGAAUAAUAAUGAUGAUGGUAGUACAUGAUUGGGUUUUGCUUAUUUUAUUAAUUUUUUUCUUUUUUCAUCAAUAAGAAAGCAUUUCAGUCGCGUUGUAUUCUAUGGGAAUGUGAACAUAUAUGUGUUGAAUGGAUAACAAAUCGUCGUCUUAAUUUCAUGCUCAAGUUUUCGUGAUUGUUAUUUCACCAUGAUCAAUAGAAUGGUAAGUGCUUCUUCAUUCAACGAGUCAGUAUUUCGGCAUCGGAGCCAGCACCUCCAAGCUUUCAGGAGGAAGCAAGUUGUCUUUGUGGUCCAAGAAGUUGUAUAGGGAAAGGGGAAUUAUCAUUGUUUUCUUGUGUGGGUGUGCAUGUGUGUGUGUGUGUGUGUGCGCAUUUUAAAAAUUGAUUAUUUGUCUUUAUUUUUUUAUUAUUUCUCUGAUUACUGUGAAUUAUUUACAAAUUAAGAAGAGUGUUGAUACAAUUGUGAACUUCCAGUUGACUCCUUUUUUUUUUUUUUUUUUUCCUCUCUCUCUCUCUCUCUCUCUCUCUCUCUCUCUCUCUC